UGCCAAACCACUUUUUAACGCCAGUGUUGACUGAGAUUUAGCAUCACUUCGUCGAUUUCAAUAUCCUAUCAAUUGUUUACAUUGAAAUGGAGCUUAUCCGCUUCUUUUUCGAAGGUGUUGAUGACGUGUCGCGCGAACAAGUGGUCAAAGAGGCCAUGACGCAGGACCCCCUGUUUGAAGUGAAAGUCACGAAGCUCUUCCGCCAGUAUCUUCGAGUAGAAGAUCCCCUUAGCCUGGAGAGAACAGCUUAUUCGAUCGUUCAACUAUUACCGGAGCGAAAAUCUACGAGCCAUUCAUCCGCAGAACUGGCCACGUUUUGGGAUCUGUGUGUUAGGGUAGCGGAACAGAUUCCCCAUGACCACCCAUUCCAGCUCAAGCUAGCACGUCUCCUUUACUACCUACAAUACUCAAACAAGACUGCAGCAUCCACACAACUGGGUGACAACGAGAAAAACAAUUUUGCGAUUGUUUUACAUCCUUUUCGAGAGACAAUUCGUGACAGCCUCGACCCUGCCUUCUCGCCAGGAGACCGUGCUGAGACGUCCAAUGCAGAACAUACAAGCCGAUGGAUAAAUGUCAACGCUUUCUAUGCUAACAUGCAUGCCCAAGGAUGGCGCUUAUCAGCGUCUUGCACUCGGGCUAUGAAGUAUGCAUUCAUAUCUACACCUAAAACCGACUACCAAGCUCUGGAAUGUCAUGUAGUUGCUGCAGCUCAGUGGAUGUUAUAUGCUGGGCAAUCAAUUUUCCAGUCCAGCUUAUAUCCACCAGAGGAAACAGUUCUUGGAGAAGAAGCUCAACACUGGUCACUUGAUACAUGGACACAGUGGAAAGUUGGUUUCAGUAACGCAGCGAACGAAACGAAUCUUAUGGAUGGAACAAGAGACAUAGCCAAGAGAGCGGUUACUUUGAUGGAUGUGUUAGAAUCAGCCUGGCAAAAGGCUUGAGAGGCAGGACGAAUUCGAGUUUAGAGCAUGUAACCUAAUGAUGUCAUAUUUUGAACCGAUACAGUUAGUUAGAAGCCUUACAAGCAAUAAGAUCC